AAGCAGUUAUUCAAAAUGGAUUGUCAAGAUGCUGGAGAGAAAGAAAACGAUGUACCACACUCGUUGCAGAAAGUUAUGAUAAAGGGUCUUGCAAAAGAUGAAAGGAUUUUGCGAGAACUAGGCGUUGUAAAAGGUGCUAAAAUUAUGGUGGUCGGCUCAAAACUUGAAGAUGUGAUAGCUGUUUCGGUUCCAGAUCCUCAAGAGGCAGCAGAUGACAAGGCAAGUGCUGUGGCUACAAAAGAACCAUUCUGCAAACAGAAAAUUCACAGAAAAGUUCUUGAUAAAGGAGUACCUGAGGAUGCGAUGCCGGGGAUCAUCAACACAAAAGAGACCUUGCCGCCUUUUCCGUUGUCUGGAAUGCUGAACAAGUCGGGUGGUAAAGUGAGACUGACCUUCAAGUUGGAGCUUGAUCAGCUGUGGAUUGGCACCAAGGAGCGGACUGACAAAAUUCCCAUGAACUCGAUAAAGAGCAUCGUCAGUGAGCCCAUUCAAGACUUUGAGGAGUAUCAUAUCAUG